CCGCAGUCGGGCAGUGCGGAAACCAGAUCGGCUGCUGCUUCUGGGAUCUGGCGCUGAGGGAGCACGCCGCGGUCAACCAGACGCAAUUGGAAGAACCGACCUGGCUUUCUUUGUCUCAGAGCUGCACGGUGGCCCUUUUGGCGUUGUAGAAUUACUAAAAUUCGAAGGACUUGAGAGAAAAUAAACUUAAAUGCUAUACUUGUUUUAUGUUUAGAAAGGAAUUUAUGACGAUGCACUCAGCAGUUUCUUCAGGAACGUGGAUACCAGAGUGGGUGGUGAUGGCAGCAAUAUUUCCAAAGGAAGAAUAUCUUCAUUAAAAGCACGAGCAGUUUUGAUUGACAUGGAAGAGGGAGUAGUUAAUGAAAUUCUCCAAGGACCACUGAGAGAUGUGUUUGACAGCAAACAACUCAUCACUGAUAUUUCUGGCUCAGGAAACAAUUGGGCUGUGGGUCACAAGGUUUUUGGAAGUCUUUACCGGGAACAGAUCCUAGAAAAGCUCCGCAAGUCAGCAGAGCAGUGUGACUGCUUGCAGUGUUUCUUCGUCAUACACUCCAUGGGAGGAGGAACAGGAUCUGGACUUGGCACGUUUCUGCUAAAGGUGCUCGAAGAUGAAUUCCCAGAAGUGUACAGAUUUGUGACAGCAGUUUAUCCUUCCAGCGAGGACGAUGUCAUCACCUCGCCUUACAACAGCAUGCUGGCCAUGAAGGAACUGAAUGAGCAUGCAGACUGUGUGCUGCCCAUUGACAACCAAUCUUUAUUUGACAUCAUUAGCAAAAUUGAUCUUGUAACUUCUGGCAAGUUGGGUGCAGCUGUGAAGCCUAAGAGUCUAGUUACCACGAAUGUGGGGACUGUUACAAAGUGCCCCAAGAAGCCUUUUGACGCAAUGAACAACAUUGUGGCAAAUCUGCUCCUCAGCCUGACAAGCUCUGCAAGAUUUGAGGGAUCCCUUAAUAUGGACUUGAAUGAGAUCAGCAUGAACUUGGUUCCUUUCCCUCAACUUCAUUAUCUUGUGUCAAGCCUUACACCUCUGUAUACUCUGGCAGAUGUGAACAUUCCCCCUCGAAGAUUGGACCAGAUGUUUUCAGAUGCCUUUAGUAAAGAUCACCAGCUCAUCCAAGCAGACCCCAGGCAUAGUCUCUACCUCGCCUGUGCCCUCAUCGUUAGAGGAAAUGUGCAGAUUUCAGAUCUUCGCAGAAAUAUUGAAAGAUUGAAACCUGCUCUGCAUUUUGUCUCCUGGAAUCAAGAAGGCUGGAAGACUAGCCUGUGUUCAGUGCCACCUGUGGGUCACUCCCAUUCGUUAUUAGCUUUAGCAAACAACACGUGCGUGAAGCCCACCUUCAUGGAGCUGAGAGAAAGGUUCAUGAGGCUCUACAAGAAAAAGGCUCACCUCCAUCACUAUCUUCAAGUUGACGGAAUGGAGGAAUGUGCUUUUGCAGAAGCUGUGUCCUCUCUGUCAGCUCUCAUACAGGAGUAUAAUGAACUCGAUGCCACAAAGAGCAUGCCUGUGCUGGAUGUGCCUCGGCUAAGCGUGGCCUUGUGAAAGAAGCAGCUAAACAUGCACUGUUACUUUCUCUGGCUCACAUUCGUUUUCCCUUGUCUUUCAGCGUUGUCUGUGAUUCUGAAAGCCCAGUUUAUUUUUCACAGUAUCAGGAAGUUAGGAAGUAUUUUAUCUAAAACAAUGGCUUCUAUUUUGUUUAUACACACACACACACACACACACACACACACACACACCGGUGUAUGGGAUCACUUGUAGCAUUUGUCAAAAUUAAGAGAGAGCCUGAUGUGAUACACCAUGAAAUCCAGUGUGCCUGACAUGCAGGAGGACUGUGCUCAGGACCAGCCUGGGCUGCGCAGUGAGAGCCGGUGGAGGGAGAGGGUUCUUCAUCUCUCUUUCCCCAUCGCCUCUUUUUGCCGCCUCACACUGGUGAACGCCUCAGGAAAGCUGUACAUAUCUUUUCUGUAUUUAUCUUUAUCUUUUCGUGCUCUGCUUAAAUGCUGGGAAAGCAGGUCCUAGGAAUGGGAGAUCGGUGUGUGUCCUGUUUGGACUUUGGGGAGUCUUUACUAAAGCUGAUAAGCCGUUGUUCUGUUCUUUGAGUAGUAACAUGUCUAUACUCAAGAGAUCACAACUUAGACAUACAGUCACUUGUAAAAUAGUUGAAAAGCAGAUGUUCAGCUCCUCAUCGACACUGAGCAGGACACCGCUGAGCUUGGUAUCUUCUUCUGAAUGUCGUAGUAAAUGCUCAUUAUUUACUGAAAUGAUUCCAGACUCCAUAAUAUUUUGAAUCUUUAAUGUUGUUUUUAGUCGCAUUUAUAUUUCAGAUCCAUUGUUUGGUUUAUCCUUCAAGGAAAUAAUUUUUGGGGAAAAAAUCCUUUUCAAGAAAAACUAAUCUGUUGUAUGCUUUGUUUAUUAAUAGUUCAUGUUUCUUCCCUUUGCUAAGUUAUUGUUAUAUUUUUGGCUUUUAUAUUGAUAGUUUAGAUUUUUUAUAGUAUUUGGUAUAAAAACUGCAUUAUUACAGUUAUUAGCAGUAGUCCCAGACAUUCCAUUUUCUCCUUCCUACAAGCAUCUUAGCUGAUAUUCAGAACAUGACAAUGAAUAUUAUACAUUUAUAGUAUCUUAUUCUAAGAAUCUUCCCUUUAAUAUCAUGUGAUAGGAUCUGAUAGAUUGUAUUGCCAGGUACAGAAUACAAUUUUAAAUUAUGUCUUUUUAUAGCUAUAUAAAAAAUGUUCUUGUAAAUUGUAUUUUUAUUAUAUAUUAAAUCCUUAUGUGGUAUCAUAUAUGUGUAUAUUACAUAAUUAUAGAGAUCCUCUAGAAAUGAGUUGUAUUUAAAUUUUUUCAGGCAUUCCCUUUUGUUUUAGAAUAUUUUUUAGAAACUUCUGAUGUCACAAACAAAGCAACCAAAGAAUAACUAGUGGCUCUUUCUGCUUUAAAUCCAUUAGAUAAAUGUUUCAUCCUUUUAUAGUUACUUUAGUUUUUUGAUUAUAUGACGUGAAUGACUUAGCCUUACACUUUCCUCCCUAUAUUUGGCUUUAUAGAAUCCUGAGCUCAGAAAACAUAUCUCCUGGUUCUCUGCAGUCUCUCUGGCACACACAAGAUGUGACCCAGAGCAUCCGCCACUGAAAGGACCCUUCACUGGGGCAGUCGAACCGAACAGUGAUCAUCUUAGACUUGUUGGGGACGCAGCAUCUCUUGUCCAGGCAUAUUCCACAAAAGGUCGGUCUGUAACUCCGAGUACUUGAGCAUCCAGAAAAAACGAAUUUCUCAGCUUUGGAGAGUUGGAAAGUGGGUUGACAUGUUUUUCCUCUGGGGAUCUGAAAAGAUAAAUGAAGUAAAAAGGUCAUUCUUUAAAUUUGACUACAGUAACAAGGAUUUUAUAGCAGGUACUAGCCGUUAUUUCUUGGGCAUUACGAGUAGUUGUUCGUGCCAUCUAGGACCCUCUUCUGUGACAUACCCUCGCCCCUUCAUGCUUUCAGAUGCCCUGGUGCUUCUCGUUCUUUUAUUCAGUUGUACAAUAAAUGAAAACUUACUUGUUUUGUUACAUUUAAAGAGCUGUGUCUUAUUAAAUGUCACUUACCUAAGGCUUAGCAAAUUCCCUAAAACAUAUCACUCAGUUUGGGUGGGUGAAUAAAUGAAUGAAUAUCUUUUGUUAA